UGUAACGGUUUUCUUGGGCAUCGCCUUGCAAGCUGGCAAAAUUCGUUAUUUACUUUGAUUGUAAAAAUAUAAACCAAUGGCAAAGCGCGGAAAAUUCCAGCGCCUUGCAGAGAUGCAACCCACGAUGACGCACUUUUCCACAGUGGCGCUGAUCGUUUCAAAAUCCGCGCCGAAUAUAUUCUACGACAAGAUGAGUGGCUUCGAGCGGGGAGUCAUCACCUUAACGAUCCGUGACUCUCCCAAUGACUUGACCAAUUGCAAGUGCUGGGGCCAAAGGGCCUGGGUGGACGAGUACGCGGCCAUGUUCCACAUCGGUCAUGUGGUGGAUAUAGUGGGCGCCAAGGUGAUGUCCCUUCCGCAGGUCCUGCCGGGUGAGCAACGUUACCAUCCACAGACAACGCUGUCCUGCGCUUUGGUGGUCAAUGAGGGAUACGGCUAUGUGGUGCGGCAUGACAGCGAUGAGUCCGACACCAUAAUGGUCCUCCAGCAGCUGCUUCAAUGUCCAACCAAGCCACUUGGCGCGGCUCUCAAACUGGCCGAUGUUCGUUCCGGGCUGGAGUCCCCCGAUAAGAUGAUCACCGCCUAUGUGGAUCUACUGGUGGCCGUGGUUGCAGUGCGCCCUGUGCGCGAGAUCAAGCGAAAGCUGCCGGCGAUCCACAGCAAGGUCCAGGAUCUGCUGAACUGCCUGGAGGUCAUUGUGAUCGAUGCCAGUUAUCCGGAGGGCAUGCUACUCUCCGUUUGGCAGGCGGACUGGAUACGGCGUGCCCAGCAGUGGCAGCCACGUCGCACUCUGCUCCAUUUGGUGGGUGUGCGGGUCUCCUACUCGGACUUUCAUCGUUGUCCUGUGCUUUCCCAUUCGAACUGUACACUUAUUUGCGAGAAUCCCCAGGCAACUGGUAAGGAUUGCCAACUGUUGCUGGCCCUCGCCGCCACUGUGCCGCUUAAGAGCUUUGAUGGCUGCGCCCAGGCGGAGCUGGACAACCUGCCGGCAGCUGCCAGCAUUCAAGCUCAGAUGACGGUGAGGCAGAUAUAUUCCCGCGCCGAGGGCGAACUGCAGGAUGCUUCCACAAAUCAGUUUACAUCCGUGCUGUACGGCAUGGUCACCAAAUUUGACUUGGAUGGAUUUUCAACGCACAUCAACAGGAAGUGCACCGCCUGCCAACGGCUCAUACCGCGAAACCUGGAGGAUUGCGCUUCGGAUGCCUGUCAAAUGGAGUUUUUGCUCGGCCUUGAUGGGCCUAGAUAUACCAGCUACUUCAACAUCAACAUUCAGUUCUCCGACCAUACGGGCACCCUUGUCGAGGCGCGUUUAGCUGGCAAUCCGGCGGAGCGGAUUCUGGGUCUCCAAGCGGAUGAUUUCGAGCGACUGGCGGAUCGUGAUAAAAGCGAGCUGAAGUGGAGCAUCCUGCUGAAAUACUUCGAGACACGAUUGCUGGUCAAGAAGUCCGCGGGAAUGCGCAAUAAUCUCGUGGUUCUAGUCGUCGACAUGGAAGCCAUACCCCUGGGCAAGCUCGUCGAGAAGGUGGCCGCGUUCUAGAUG